AGAAUCAUAUUGUUUGGGUUAUAUCUGUAAACUUAUUAUUUAGAAGUUCUAUUUUGGGGGGGGGGGGCACCUGGUUGACUCAGUUGGUCAAGCAUCUAACCAGCUCAGGUCGUGAUCUCAAGGUUCGUGAGAUUGAGCUCCACUUUGGGUUCUGUGCUGACCGUGUGACGCCUGCUUGGGAUGUCUGUCUUUCUCUCUUUCUCUUAAAAUAAAUAAACUUUAAAAAAUGCUUUAAAAAAAGUUAUAUUUUUGCCUGAUGUUUUAUAGGUUUACAUAGCUCUCCAGUUGCAUUGCUUUUCUAAAUUUUUCUGAAAAUUCUCAUCAAUAUUUUAUUUAAGUAACUUGUUCCAGAGACCAAACUUUCAUUUUUCCCUCCCAUUAAAAAUCGACUGAUUUUCUUUUUUGAGUCUCACUAUUUUCUGUAUAAAUCUAUCAGGGCAAGUGUUGUAUUACACUUUGUUUACAUUUCUUUCUCCCCCACUCAUCCAUGCUUUUUAGGUUUGGAGACUAUCUUAUCCAAUGAAUGGCAUAUAAUUAGAAGUUCAUUAAAUGUUAAUCUGCUAAUUCCAAUUUAGCUUUUUUUUUUUUUAAGUGUUUGUUUAUUUUUGAGAGACAGAGUGGGGCAGGGGCAGAGAGAGAGGGAAACAGAGAGCCCGAAGCAGGCUCCACACUGACAGCUGAGAGCCUGAUGUGGGGCUUGAACUCCCGAACCAAAUGACCCAAGUCAAAGUUGGACACUUAACCGACUAAGCCACCCAGGCAUCCCCCAGUUUAACAUUCUGAUGAUGAAAUGGAAUUUGGUGAAUAAGUAAUUAGUAAAAUAAUGUAGCAUCUCUUUCUGCUGACUUUUCAGAGACUGUUCCAGUAAAUCUUUACUGCUUAGGUGCCUGACCCUGCAGAUCCUACUGAACAUUGAGAAUUUAGUCAAUUUAGGUGUGGGUUUACCAGGCCUUUAUUUUAGAAUCUUAGUAAUUAUUUUAGUAAUAGCUAACAUUCAUAAGACUUUCACUAUUUUGCUGUCAUUUUUAAGUGUUUUUUAAUGAUUUUUAUCUAAUUAAAUUCUCUUUGAUUUUAUAUGUUAGGUACUCUUAGACUCAUUUUAAAGAUGAAGAAACAGAGGUGUGGAGAAGUUAAGAAACUUGACCAGAGUUAUACAAUUAGUAAAUGGUGAGCCAGUUUUUGAAUCCAGGUAGUCUAAAUUCACUAUAUUCUUAACCACUGUAUAUAUACUAAAUAAAAUUUUGGUUACACAUGAACUUUAUAUUCUAAGAACAAUUUUGUUAAUAAAAACAUACAUGGUAGAAUAUUUUUCUUAAAGCAAGAUAGGUACUAUAUUUUCUGCCAAGGACUGAUGAUUCACCAGGAGGGAUAGGGGGGCAGGGAGAAGAGGGAGAGAGAAAAUGUGAAUGAGUAAGUUUAGGACUAAAUACAUAAAGAAAGCAUUGAGUUUGUCUAAGGAAUCAGUAAGGGGAAGAGAGUGGGUUGUUUGUUUUAAUGGAGAGAGAUAGGCAUUUUAGCUUAUUUACUCAUAACAAAAAAAUUAGUGAAAUAAGUUGUCUGUAGUCCUGGGUUGAGGCCUUUUAGUGCAAAAAUAUCUAACCUCUUGAUUGGUUAGAUAUUGGUAAAACUGUGACAGCAAUAACAAAAAUAUACUUAAUGGGCAUAUUGUGACAGAGAGAGGGGAAGAAGGGGAAGAAAGGCAGGGAGAGACAGAAUCUCAAAGUCCAGGAACAAAAGAGGAAAAGGGGAUAUUCAGAGAAAGAAGAAGCCAAAAAAGGAAGAAAUAUUUAGGGCAAUGAGAGAUAACCUUGUCUUUUCUAUCAGUCAUCAGCUAAAAUUGUUUCUUCCAGAUCCUUUCCCCAGCCCCAUGAAACCUUUCAUGUGGGGGUUCUAAAGCGACCCCAGUACUCUGCAUGUCACUAAGGUAAAAGGGGUCUCUAUCUCGCCCCUUGUUUAGUCCUGUCUUUGCUGCUGAUUCUACAGUGUGUCCACAAUAAAUCAACCAGUGUUUGGAGAGUUACCAGUGCUAAUGGUGUUUUCCAGGUGUAGAGGAAAAUAAAACGAAAUAGCUUCUCCCCUAGAGGACUUUGCAAUCUAGUUAGGAAUUUAGAAUGUAACUUUAUUAAAAGAUAAUUAACAAUAUCCUGCAAUAUGAUGUGUCAGAUGGUAUAGACAUUCCACACUCAGCUCUCUUUAACCAGCUCUUUUUAGCAGGCAACCUUGUCUCCUACUUUACAGAUUAAAAAUUUUGGUAUAAAAACAAACAUCUGUGCCUGCUUUCAUCCUCUUUCUUCUUAGAUAAAACAGUGUCCCUUUUCAAGGCUCAUUCUUUGGGCUGUAUUUUCUUUCUUCCUUUCUUUUUAAGUUUUAUUUAUUUAAGUAAUCUCUACACCACGUGUGGGGCUGGAACUCACAACCCCAAGAUCAAGAGUCCCAUGGUCUUCUGACUGAGCCAGCCAGGAACCCCUGGGCUGUAUUUUCUAUUUUAGCCCUUCACAUCUUCUUUAACUAGAGUUUUCCUGUAUGUCCUUUCAUAUUAGUACACAUCACUAUGUUGUUGAUUUUUUUCCCCAAACCCUGAAAAUAUAUUGCCCUUCUAUCUGGAGCAAAAACCCCAUCAUCAUCCUUCCGCAACAUUGUCUCCACCCCUCACCCAUUUAUUUCCCCCUUCCAUCUUCACUACCUCAUGGUCACAGUUCAGUGCAUUGUAGACUCUUGAUUGGGCUCAGGUCAUGAUCUCCCUGUUUGUGGGAUCAAGGUGCUCACAGCUCAGUCUGCUUGGGAUUCUCUCUCCUCUGCCCCUCCUCUGCUCAUGCUCGCUUGCUUGCUCGCUCUGUCUCAAAAUAAAUAAGCAUUAAAAAUUGUUUAUUACUCAUGCAGUUGUACUAUUUUACAGUAAUUUGGGAAAUUAAGUGAAUUAAGAAAAAUGACUGUUCUCAUUGUACAUUCAUCUCACUUAAGUAUAAUGCUUAUAAUGAAUCAGCCAUGUUAGUUUUAACACUAAAAUUUCAAAAAUGAUUGAAAAGUGAUAAUUCUUUUAGUUUCUUUAAAGUAACGGUGGAUUUUAUUUUAUUCAAAACAAAAAGGAAAAAAGAAAAUGAGAUUUGCCACUUUGCACACACAUUCUUAAUUUUUUUAUUUCCUAGUAGAGGAAAAUACUUUGGGGGCUUUAACUGUGUUACUUAUAGAAACUGUUGAGUAUAUUUUGUGUUUCAGUUUCAAAAGGCAAAAACUGAGUUUUGUAUUUGAAGCAGUUGCACCUUAUGCUUAAUCAAUUAAAAGAAGAUCAGAAAAGUCUGAGGACAACCAAAUUAUUGUAAUGAAUAUUCAUUCAUGUGGUGUAUUAAUUCAUGUGUUUCUGCCUAUGCCUGGAGUUUAGCCACUCCCCAAAGCAGCCAAAGUUUUUUGUCUGUAUCUUUACCCCCUUUUGGCUGCAUGCUCUGUUUGCUCUCUCUCCUUCAGUGUCUUUGUCUCUCUUUAUAAAUAAGUAGAAAACUUUACUUCAGAGAGCAAAGGGACAGGAGAAGAGCUAUCUUAAGAAAUUUUUAUUUGUGCCAACAUAGAAGUGCUUUGUGGUAGGCCAUCUGGACCGGGAGGAUUUCCUCAGAAUGUAAAGUAUGUCGUGAGAUUUAGAGAGCUGGGAUUUGCUCUGGAACUAUCUGGGAAGGCAGCAGGAAACGUAGACAGAACUGGUUUAUAUUGCUUGUAACGUAGGUGGCAAGAAUGGAAGACAGCUUGCCUGGUCUCGCUUCAGUGUGUGUUUCCUCUACACUUACGAACUUCUGCACUGAUGAUAGUAUUUCUGCUGCAAGUACUUCCGACGUUCAAGAUCGCCUCUCAGCUCUUGAGUUACGAGUUCAACAACAAGAAGAUGAAAUCACUGUGCUAAAGGCAGCUUUGGCUGAUGUUUUGAGGCGUCUUGCAAUCUCCGAAGAUCAUGUAGCCUCAGUGAAAAAAUCAGUUCCAAGUAAAGGCCAGCCAGGCCUUCGAGAAGCUAUUUCUAUGUCCUGUAUAACCAACGGGAGUGGUGCAAACAGAAAGCCAAGCCACACCAGCUCUGUCGCAAUUGCAAGGAAAGAAACUCUUUCAUCUGCUGCUAAAAGUGGUACAGAAAAAAAGAAAGAAAAACCACAAGGACAGAGAGAAAAAAAAGAGGAAUCUCAUUCUAAUGAUCAAAGUCCACAAAUUCGAGCAUCACCUUCUCCCCAGCCCUCUUCACAGCCUCUCCAAAUACACAGACAAACUCAAGAAAGCAAGAAUUCUACUCCCACCAAAAGCAUAAAACGACCACUGACAACUGAAAAGUCACAUAAUUCAUGGGAAAAUUCAGAUGAGAGUCGUAAUAAAUUAUUGAGAGCAGUUUCAACAUCAAAAUUAAUAUCAAAAGUUAUAAAAAAUACAGAUAAGCAUAAAGAUGUCAUCAUCAACCAAGCAAAAAUGUCAACCCGUGAAAAAAGCAACCAAGAAGGAGAAUAUGUUAAAAUGUUUAUGCGAGGUCGGCCAAUUACAAUGUUCAUUCCUUCUGAUGUUGAAAACUAUGACGACAUCAGAACAGAACUGCCUCCUGAGAAGCUGAAACUGGAGUGGGUAUAUGGUUACCGAGGAAAGGACUGCCGUGCUAAUGUUUACCUUCUUCCUACCGGAGAAAUAGUGUAUUUCAUAGCAUCAGUAGUAGUACUGUUUAAUUAUGAGGAGAGAACUCAGCGACACUACCUGGGUCACACAGACUGUGUGAAAUGCCUUGCUAUACAUCCUGACAAAAUUAGGAUCGCAACUGGACAGAUUGCUGGAGUGGAUAAAGAUGGAAGGCCUCUGCAACCCCAUGUCAGAGUGUGGGAUUCAGUUAGUUUAUCCACUCUGCAAAUUAUUGGACUUGGGACCUUUGAGCGUGGAGUAGGAUGCCUGGAUUUUUCAAAAGCAGAUUCAGGUGUUCAUUUAUGUGUUAUUGAUGACUCCAAUGAGCAUAUGCUUACUGUUUGGGAUUGGCAGAAAAAAUCAAAGGGAGCAGAAAUAAAGACAACAAAUGAAGUUGUUUUGGCUGUGGAAUUCCAUCCAACAGACGCAAAUACCAUCAUAACAUGUGGUAAAUCUCAUAUUUUUUUCUGGACCUGGAGUGGUAAUUCACUAACAAGAAAACAGGGAAUUUUUGGGAAAUAUGAAAAACCAAAAUUUGUGCAGUGUUUAGCAUUCUUGGGAAACGGAGAUGUUCUUACUGGUGACUCAGGUGGAGUCAUACUUAUAUGGAGCAAAACUACUGUAGAACCGACACCAGGGAAAGGGCCUAAAGGUGUUUAUCAGAUCAGCAAACAAAUCAAAGCUCAUGAUGGGAGUGUGUUCACACUUUGUCAGAUGAGAAAUGGAAUGUUAUUAACUGGAGGAGGGAAAGACCGAAAAAUAAUUCUGUGGGAUCAUGAUCUGAAUCCUGAAAGAGAAAUAGAGGUUCCUGAUCAGUAUGGAACAAUCAGAGCUGUAGCAGAAGGAAAGGCAGAUCAAUUUUUAGUAGGCACAUCACGAAACUUCAUUUUACGGGGAACAUUUAAUGAUGGCUUCCAAAUAGAAGUACAGGGUCAUACAGAUGAGCUUUGGGGUCUUGCCACACAUCCCUUUAAAGAUUUGCUCUUGACAUGUGCUCAGGACAGACAGGUGUGCAUGUGGAACUCAGUAGAACACAGGCUGGAAUGGACCAGGCUUGUAGAUGAACCAGGACACUGUGCAGAUUUUCAUCCAAGUGGCACAGUGGUGGCCAUAGGAACGCACUCAGGCAGGUGGUUUGUUCUGGAUGCAGAAACCAGAGAUCUAGUUUCUAUCCACACAGAUGGGAAUGAACAGCUCUCUGUGAUGCGCUACUCAGUAGAUGGCACCCUCCUGGCUGUAGGAUCUCAUGACAACUUCAUUUACCUCUAUGUAGUCUCAGAAAAUGGAAGAAAAUAUAGCAGAUAUGGAAAGUGCACUGGACAUUCCAGCUAUAUCACACACCUUGACUGGUCCCCAGACAAUAAAUAUAUAAUGUCUAACUCAGGAGACUAUGAGAUAUUGUACUGGGACAUUCCAAGUGGCUGCAAACUAAUCAGGAAUCGAUCAGAUUGUAAGGACAUCGAUUGGACGACAUAUACCUGCGUCCUAGGCUUUCAAGUCUUUGGUGUCUGGCCAGAAGGAUCCGAUGGGACAGAUAUCAAUGCACUGGUGCGAUCCCACAAUAGGAAGGUGAUCGCUGUUGCUGACGACUUCUGCAAAGUCCAUCUGUUUCAAUAUCCCUGCUCCAAAGCGAAGGCUCCCAGUCACAAGUACAGCGCCCACAGCAGCCAUGUCACCAAUGUCAGUUUUACACACAGUGACAGUCACCUGAUUUCAACUGGUGGAAAAGACAUGAGCAUCAUCCAGUGGAAACUUGUAGAAAAGUUAUCUUUGCCUCAAAGUGAGAUCGUAGCCGAUGGUACUCUAACCAGAGCCCCCAUCUCUUCCAUUGAAAGUGUCAUGCAGUCUGAUACUCCCACACCGCCUCCUUCCCAGCCCUUAAAUGAGGCAGCUGAAGACGAAAGUAGAAUAAGCAAUUCUCCCACACUUCUGGAGAACAGCCUGGAACAGACCAUGGAGCCCAGCGAAGACCACAUCGAGGAACAGAGUGAAGGGGGCAGCGAGGACCUCGGUGAGCCUAUUUUUGAGGAGCCAUCCGGUGAGAUAAGCAAGGAGCAGAGUGAAUCUGUUCUUACCGAGGACCAGCAAGGCCCCCCACCCCUGUCUUAACACCGGGGCUUCAGCGCGAUGCUCUCUCCUCCUUCAGCUGCAUGUGAUCUUGUGACAGAGUUCAGAUAACAGGCUGGGAAGCGACGCAGAUCGCUAUUGAUUGCGAUUUGCGUUUCCACACGAUCUGUUUUCAGUGGUCUUACCUUCAGUCUCAAAUGCAGCCGACCAUGAUGGUUGUUUGGCGUGUGUUGAAAAUUAACCAAACUCUUAAUAGCAAGAGAGACUGAAACAUUAAUGUCUCAGAAAUGACCAUGUAUGUAAGUGGUGUGAUGUAAAUACUGGAAACAAAAACAGCAGUUGUAUGGAUUUGAAAUCAACCCCUUGUUAUCUGAACAAGUCUUCAGGAACAACCAGAGGCAUCACAAACACUGUUACUCAUCUACUGGCUCAGACUGUGCUACUUUUUUUUCCCUGAUGCAGAAAAAGAAAUCAGGAAGGAAAAAACGCUCUCUUACUGAGCUGUCCUCCCACCCCAAUUGUCUAGUGGAAAUUUUUUAGUUAAAAACUUCAGUCUUGCCACAAGCGAUGGUGUUGCCUUGAGUCCUAGCGCCGUUUGCUUCCACUAGCAGAUGCUGCCUUUCUAAGUCGUGAUGAGGAACAGUCCCUUGAUUUCUUGUGUGCAGACCUGUUGUAUCUGAAAACUAAGAAAGCAGUGGUUUGUUAAAGAGCUUUUAAUGUAUAUUAAACCAUUAAUUCUCAGAAAUAAUGGGUUCCUCCAAGGAUUCCUUUACUGGCCGAAACAUUUUGUAAUGUUUGGCAUCCACAUGAAUGGAAGAAAAAACCGCAUGCCUAUAAAACUGUAAUAAUUACUUGGCUAAUUUGAACUUAGCCUUCCUCAUAAUUUGUCUCUUUCAUAACAGGAGAAAUACAAAUACAGUAAGUUUGAAUCGGUGCUUGAAAUUCAUUGGUUUUAUUGUAACUUUUAUACAGAUUACAUUGAGGGAUAAGACACUCAGCAAAUUACAAAUUCUCUUUUAUAGAAAUAUAACAGUCACAGUCAUUUUUUAUAAAUUGCAUACUUAACAGACUUGCUACAUAUGCUCAUUUUUCUCUGGUAGAGUUGCUGCAAGGCCUUGCACUUCUGACGCAGCUGCCCUCUGCUGUCAUGGGCAACGCGUGUGUUAUGCAUUGGAGAGUAGGGGGGUUUUGUUUUGUUUUAAGUUUUGUCAGAUAACUAUGUUUUUCUUAAGUACAUGUUUCCUACUAUAAAAAUAAUUACUGACAAAUACGCAUUUCCUAUAUAUUUGUUUAUACAUUGAUUAUAAAAUACUGUUUUGAUUUAUUUUUUAACUUGCUGAAUUGUUCUUUUGUUUUUUGUUGGUUUUUUUGUUGUUGUUGUUGUUAGACCAUGUUUAGAAACUUUGAAUGAGUUCAGAAGUCUUAAGUAUGCAAGUGUUUACGUGAUUGUGCCAUUCCAAAGUGCAUCAGAACUGUCAUUCCCUUCUAGUAUCUUCUCAGGAGUAAUACAAAUCAGGUAUUUCAUCACCAUUUGGUAAUUAAUAUACAAACUCCAGUGAACUCCCAAGGACACUCACAACAUUUAUAUUCACAUGCUGUAUGUAAGGGUGUGGGUAUGUGUGAAGGGGUGAGUGUAGACACUCUGUGUGUAUCUAUAGAAGAUAUACACCACAUUGAAAAUACUCAGUGUAUAUCUCUAUGUGUAUAGGUAUAUGUCCACGUAUAUCUCUUUCCUUUUGUUUACAGUUCAAAAAAAAAACCUCAAAGGAGUUCUCUUCAAAAGAAGAGACCUAGAUUCCAAGCAAUCCACUUUUCAGUAUGUUCUGUACAUAAUUAUCAGAGAGCAUCAAUAAAUGCCGGGCAUAUAUACUUGCCUAUUAGCGUAACUGAAUCAUCAAGAUCAGCAUGUGCUCCUUCCCUGCAAGAAAAAUACUGAGAUGAACAAGUAGUUCUAGAAGAAAAAGCAUUUCUUUACCUGGGAGAUACAGCUCUCUCCGAUCAGCAGGGAGUGUGCCUGGGACACCAGUCACCGUUGCGGUUGCUGUGUACAAUGAGAUUUAUGACGGUGAUACUCUUGGGUGGUAGUUUCAAAAGACACUACUAAUGCGCAGAAGCGUUCCAGCUCUCUUGCUGGCAACUACUGUUUAAUGGUCAAUUAAAUCUGUGAUAAUGGUUGCAGGUGGGUGGGAUUAUGAAAUUGUAGAUGUUUUUAGAAAAACUUGUGAAUGAAAAUGAAUCCAAGUGUUUCAUGUGAAGAUGUUGAGCCAUUUCUAUCAUGCAUUCCUGUCUCAUGGCAGAAGAUUUUGAAGAUUAUGAAAUAAAAUAAUCAAAAUGUU